AGCACUUCGUACAUAAGACGUAGCUAUGAGGAGAGGUGGCAACGCAGUGUAAGGGGGUCGGGCUAGAAAAUGUCGUCAAAUUUCUUCUGAACAAUACUGCAUUAGCUUUUUGAUUUUCCAUCAGGAGGAGGCAAGACAAAGAAAGCUGGCAAAUAAGAUUGGUUCGUCAACACUACUAAUGUGAUCGGGGAGAAAAGUCACAUAGGAGAGACGGAAUCGACUUUAAUUAUCUGGACUCUGCAUGCGGUAAUGAAUUGACAUCUAAUGUAAAGAUACAAUGGAACUCUAUUGGUACAUAAUAGUGAUUAUAUUUAUUAUUGUCAAAAUCUUCUUCUACAUCUGCUGGUAUCGCUCACGGCAGAGACAGCUGGAUGCUUAUUUGAGCAAUCCACGGAACGCCCAGAUUGUGAUUGUUGGGGGUAGAGCUUAUCUGCAUCAACUCUGUGAGCAGCAAAAUAGUCCCAUGUGGUAUAGUUGGUAUGGUGGCCAGGAUGAUGGCUCAAUUGGAGAACCUUCUGGAUCCCUGCCUCCUGCUCCUUCUUACAGCCAAUUAGAAGUGCCACCUCCAUAUGAAGCAGUGCCAAGGGGUCAGACAGAUGACUUAAAACCACCACCAUACACAGAACACGCUACCGGCAGUAUUGAAGAGGCUCGUGCUUUGUCCAUACCAGAGGGUUAUGAUGCUUGCAGUUUGAGUGAUGCUCCUCCCCCAUAUACUCCUAGCCCAACAGUUGAGAUUACACAGCAGAACACGGUGAUGCCAUCAGGUGCCCAGGAGUUGGACAGUCCCUCUACAGCAGGCUCACCGUGUCAGGUCUGAAGAAAAUAAAUGCACAUCCUGGGACUUCAGAGGAAAGUUACUUUUAUUUUCUUCAGAAUGAGGGGGGGGAAUCCAAAGCGCCUGAAUUUUGUUUAUAGAUUUUUUUUCUGUACAGUUUAAAAGACGUUUACAGAGAUGCACUACACAGAACACAAUGUUUGCUGCUAGCAGCACUACUUUCUUUUUGUAAGCAUUUAUUGCACUUUCCAAGGAGGAGCCCAUGGUAACAGGAUGAUGCCACUUUUUGAAAGAUUGUAAGCUUGCCAGUUAAUGCAAUGUGCAUGCCCCUGUGCUAGGUGAGCUAGAAGGUUUGGGGAGAGAAGUACGCAAAUACAUGAUCUGACAUUGCAACCAGGGGAACUGACAGAUUGCAAAUUCCGAUAUCAGUUUGACGUCUUGAGAGUUUGCAGUUGCAAAUAGACAGGAAAUAUCUGGCGAGCACUAGGAUUGUCUUGCAUUCAAAUGUUAUCAGAGUAUGCGCAAGGUCAUUCUUUGAAUUCAAUACUUUGCCUAGUUUUUGCCAAGACUGCAUUAUUUGCCCCAAAGGGGGGAAAAUACACCUUUCAUGAUAUGAGAGACAUUAAUUUUGUGUGCACAGAAAGCAUAGAUUUUAAAGAUACUUUUGUCUAGCAUUUAUUUGCUAAUUUCCUGCACAAGUGAAGUAUUUUUAAUAAGGGGAAAUUUUUUAAGCGUUUUAUUUGAUUUUAAAUUCUUGUAAGAAACUCCCCAUUUACCUCUCAUUAUGGUUUUUGAUAUAUUAACACGAACCCAUUCUCCUAAUGGUUAUGUUGAAAGAAAUAAAGACUUCUUGUCACCACCAUUUAAUUCAAGAAAAUGUUUACUUUAAAGUUUGUGCACAUUUUGGAAAAAAAACUGACCUGUUUAGUUCUUUGUGUAUUAUGAAAGUGGGAUUUAUUGCUAAACCUAAUUUUGUUGAUCUCUUGCUAAUAACAUUGUUAAUGUUUUAACAGUUUUCCACAUUUUACUAUGAGGCUUAAUGUUGAUAGGGCUCUAAAAUGCUAUUCAGAUUCAUGAGGUGCAUGGAAUGUACAUCGAUUUGAGCAAGGAUACAUAUCCAAAGGUUUUGAUCAGGUUUUUUGAUCUGUUUGUUUUGUGACUGCUGCUUCAAUUCGUACCUGCUUUCUUUUUCCUUUUGCCUUGACCCCAACCUCUUUUUCCCCCUCCCCCCAUGCUUUGAACAAGCUACUAAGAUGUAGCAAACAUUUCACUUUUUUAAGGAGGUCAUUUAACAAAGUGGAUAUGCAGUUUUGUUCAUAUUUGAUUUAAAUGAUUUCUAAAUCCCUCAAAUGAACUUCUCAAUCACUUUUGUAGAAUUAUAUAAUUUGGUGGGUAGUGCUUUUCAUUAGUUUUGUAUUUUCUAGUUGGUUCAAAUUAAAAUAGAAUUUAACAAUAUCUUCAACCUGUGUAAAUGUUUGUCCAACAUCCUGGAUUUAUUGAAUUAUGUAGCUCUUUAAACAACAAAUACAGUUUGCUGAUUCUAGCUAAAAAGCUGUGUUCCUCUGUUUUGCUUUCAUGAUAAAUUGGUUUGUCAUAAAUGCUCAAGAACAGUUAAUGUCCAUAAGUUGGAAACAUUUUGCAGUUUUGCUGUGCAAUAGCUUUCAAGUGUAUUUGUUUCAAGCAGAAUCAAUGGAAAUUGACAUUUUUUCCUCUCUUGUUUGCUUCCUGUUUUGAAGGGAUUCUCUUUGAGUGAUCUUCCAAGAUUUCAACUAUUCACCAAUGUGUCUAGCAAUUGGCCUUUUUCAUGCCUGAUUGUCAACAGAAUGUACAAGAUUUUCUUAAAUCUAGUUCAGAUUGUUCAUGUAUUCAAAACUAGGAUAAAAUGGUUCA